UACAUGUAAAUCUGAUUACUGUGGUUUCAUCAAUAUUUGUUGAAUACCAAUUUCCGUGGAUUUUGUUGUUAAGUUGAUCCACGAAAUUAAGUGUUCAUUGAAGUUCAAUUUCAACUAACAUUUUGUAUUGAAAAGAUCAUUAGCCACAAAAUUAUGUAUCCUUGAAACUGUGGUUUUCAGGAAAUUGACGAAAAUUGAUACCCACGAAAAUAUGAAACCACAGUAAUAUAUAAUAUACAUGUACCUAGUGGAAGGUUUAUCUGUCAGUGACCAUCAUGAGGUUCCCACAGUGCUAGAUAAUUGAUAAACUCUGACAGACAGACAGAUAGACACACAUAAUCUGAUUCCUCAAACAGAUAAAGUCUCUUUUUCUACAUUUGUAGUUCAAACAUGUGGGUAAAAGCUGUGCUCAAAUACCAAAAUGCAUUGUUAACUUAGUAACAUGCAGGCUUUAAUUGUCAGUGCUUAUUAAACAGAAUCAAAAUUAUUAAGAACUCUGAAGUUGAUGGAUGCAUUAUGCAAUACAUUUAAAAUCCUCUAUUUAUAACAAUUUCCCGUCUGAACUCUAAUGAAAUAUAUUUGUUUUACAUGAAUUUGAAAUAAUUCUACGACAUUAAUUUCCUGCUUUUAUGUCCGGGUAUAUAAAAAUAUUUCACCUGUGUUUAUGUGUGCGUAUCCAGGUAUCUAUAUUAUGAGACAGGUGUGCGUGGUUUAUGGCAGGAUGUAUUAAACUGCUGCUGUGAGAGUGUGUGUGUGUAGACUCAAGAGUUCACUCAAACAGGAAGUAAUCGUUACACGUUAUCCUCGUAGCUUUUAAGUUCUUGUUAGAAUCAGAGAUUUAUAGUGUUGACUUACUGGUGGGCAGGAUUCUGAACUGUUCUCUUAUCAUGGAGGAUGUAAUAUGGACCGAUAACACACUUUUUGGUCUAAACGGGUUUGAGGAGUUAAGGAAGUACAUUAAACAAGGGAGUGAAUUCUGCAAAGAUGUUUCUAUCAUCAUUCAAGAAAGGGCGGACCUAGAGGGACACUAUGCCAAGAAUCUGAACAAAUUGAGCCAGAAACUUGUUAAAGCCACCACAGGAAAUUUAGGGAGUCUCGCAGACGGAUGGAGGUCUGUGGCCAGUGUCAUGGAACAGGAGGCGGAGCUACACAAGAAUUUGUCUUUGAAGUUGGCUGAAGAAAUCAGUAAACCUUUGAAAAUCUUGGUGGACACUCAAAAUAAAGCCAGAAAACCGGUUGAGGCCAUGGUAGACAAAAGUCUAAAGUCACUCACUGACAAACGGACGGAGGAAAGCAAGGCCAAAAAGCAGUGUUACGUCCAUGCCAAAGACAGCGAGAAAGGAGAGGAAAAUAGGAAUGACAGCAGUAAAGGGAAAACAGAAAAAGACAAACAGAAAAUAGAGAAGAAGUGUGACCAGAUGCGGAAGCUGCUGAGAAAGGCGGACAAAGAGUACUGUGAACUGUGUGAGAAAGCAGAGACCGCCAGACAGGAGUGGGAGUUCAAUGUCGCCAAGGGAAGUGCCCAGCUCCAGGGUCUGGAUGAAGAGAGACUGGCCAAGAUGGCUGAACACCUGAACCAGUAUAAUUGUCAGCUAUCGUCCAUGGGACCCGGAUUUCAAACAAGUUGUGAUAAAUUACACGAGUCUGUGAUAUCUGUGGAUAUUCAGGCAGACCUCCGAUCCAUAGCUCAACAGAGGGGCACUCAGGGAACGCCGCCGGAACAGAUACUGCUAGACUGCUACGCUGAGGACCUACAGUUCACAAUGAAUGCAGAGCGGAGGAAGAACGCCCUCCAGAAUUAUCUGUUAUACUUACGACAGUCCUUAGAGCGGGAGAAGAAGGGGAAGGAAGGUGUGGAAAAGUUGGUGGGGGUGUAUAGAGAGCGACCUAAUUUUGCCGACCAGGACGCUCAGGAAGAUGCCAAACAGAGGCUAUGUCAGGUGAUGUUUAUGAUGAAUUUCCUAGAAGCUAGUCAUUUUAAGAUAGCCUCUGUCCUAGCCAAGCUGGAGUGUCAGCCCAAACUGGAGCACAAGUUUGCCAAGUACAUAGAGACACAGCGGGACAAACAGGGAAUUCCAACUAGUGUACUACGAUUACCUAUUAAUAUUGCCUUGGAGGGGAAUUCUGGUUACGAUGUUACCUCAGUUACGGUUGGAGCUUUAGCCAAUCAGACGCAGUCCGAUCCUUACGAGGAACCAUUCGCUGAGGACGAGUUUGAGGACUACGCAGACCCACAUGUAGUCGGGCGAUGUCGCGCCCUGUACGAUUACGACGCUAGUCAAAACGAUGAACUGUCCAUCAGACCAGGUGAUAUCAUCAACGUGUACGACAAACAGAUGGACGGAUGGUGGCAGGGAGAAAAGAACGGACGCGUCGGAAUAUUUCCUGCAAGUUACGUGGAAGAAAUAUGACACGCCUCCUCCUUCUCUUUACUCUGCCUUCCAAUCGUUAUAAAACAUGAAAAGUGGUGACUUUAACUUGAAAAUGGUUGUAUGCCUAUAACAGCAGUCGGAGGAUGAGUCGCUAAGGGGGAGUGUUGGAUGGACGGAUUUCUGUGUUUAGUGGAUAUAAACUCAGUGGAUACCUCAGAGCUGAAUCUGCUCAAUCCGUGGUGCUGUGAGAAACGUUGAAUUUAAUGGAUCCAGGAAUUGUGCAUCUCCAUCUCAUUCCUCAUAGACUUUGUCUCGUAGUGUAGUAGAUACAUGGGAUGGAUAACUGGACAGAUACAUUGGACACUCUGUUGGGUAUGUGUGCUGGAUUUGGGCUGACCAGCUGACCUAAUUUUUAGUUGUCCGGUCCUACUUUGCAGUCAACAGACAUUUUCCGUGGGACACCUGUCUGGUCCUGUUUAUGUUUUUAUGAACUUUGCAGUCAUUUUCCACCAGACAACUUAGAUAUUAUAUUCUUCCUCUAGAUAGCUUUUAUUGGAAGUAGUGCUAGAGAGAGAGAGAGAGAGAGAGAGAGAGAGAGAGAGAGAGAGAGAGAGAGAGAAAGAGAGAGAGAGAGAGAGAGAGAGCAAUCUGGAAUCAUGGUCACUGUGGUUAUUUCCUGUUGAAGUAUUUUUGUUUUUUUAUAAAGAGCUCUGUUGUACUUAUUUCCCGUAACUGACUAUGCAAUGUUAACUCUGCAUAGCGAAUCUGUGUUCAAACCAAUGGAAGAUGUGUAAUACAUUUGUAAGCAUAAUAGACAUGCUCUAUAAAUGGGGAACAUAAGUCUAUGAAAUAGGUAGUACAGUGUAUAACAUGUACCGGUAGAUACUUCUAGCUGAUUAUAAAUCAUUUGAUCUGUGUUCACUUUGAUUGGUUAUUGUGGAGUCAUUUGAAUUUUGAUUGGGGGGUGGGGGGGGGGGGGGAUUCCAUGUUGAGGGUAGUCAAAACCAAUGGUUUACAGAGACAUAUUUUCGUCAAUGGUUACUAUUUGUAUCAUUGCAGAAAACAGGCUUAGGUAUAUUUUAGUGAAUAAAAUGUCACAAUGAAAUGAGCCAUUUAUCAGAACCAAAAUGAUUUCAGAAUUUUGGUUGGUAGUUCUUUUUUUAAGAUGAUCCGGAUCCAUUUUUGUCUUCUCAGUAUUGGAGAUUAAACCAAUGUGAACGUUUUAAUUUUUAAAAGUGUCACUCUGUUUUCAUUUGUGUAAUUUUUGAAAGGUUGUAGUAUUUUAUAACAGGGAGCUAUUUCACCCAUAUAUUUUAGCUUUAUGUGUACAGAUUGCAAUUAUUAGUGUUUGUGUCAACAAAGUGUUAAAAGAUUCGCAAACAAAUGCACCAGUCCUAUCUAAUGCUUGCCAAUAACCAGUACAUGCACUUAGAUAUUACGCAGUAUAUGAACAAAAAAUUAGUCUUGUGAUUAAUAUAACAUCAUCUAUCCGUCAGCAAUGAAUUUCAAAUGUAGGUAAUGUAAACGUUUCACAAUUGACUGGUCUUUCAUCUUUUUUCUGUACAAAUACACAUAGUUUAUCGAAUCUUAAGUUUUAUUUGUUGUCUUAAGCUCUAUAUUAAAGGUGUGGGCCUCUAUUCCUGUUUAUAAUGAAAAACAUCAUUUGUAGGUAAAACUGCUUUAUAGCUAUACUGAAUAUAUACUGUACUCAUACCAAAGCAAAGAAAUCAGAAUUAUAUUUUGUCACUAUUGGCUUUGCAACAGAUAAAGAAAUAAUGUCCCUAUGCAUACAUUGAGUGUACAGUAAAACUCGUUUAGUAUGAACACGGAUAUUGCGAAUUUAUGGAUAUAGCGAAGUCAUCUUGGAUCCCCAGCUAUGUAAAUUUAAUGAAUUUCUAAUACAGUUAUAACGAAUUACGGAUAUAACGAAGUAAUUUCUUAGGUCCCAGUGACUUCCUUAUAACCGAGUUUUGCUGUAUACAACAGUAAUUAUGACCUUAAAUUUCCUGAACAGAAUUAAUAUUAUGUCUUGUUACUUCUGCAUGAUACUGUAUUGCAACAAACAUGCCUACAUUCCAUACAGUAAAAGUUAUGAAGAUGUACUUUGAAAAUACUCAUAUAUGUUGUGUUAAGAAUAUUAUUUUGUUUAGACAUUAAGAAAAUUGUUUCAUUGCAUUCUUGCAGUGUUGUAAGUUGUUGUGUAUGAAACAAGUGAUACAGAGAUUUAAUUUAAUUAUGGUACAUAGUUGUAACAAUGUUUAAAAGACAGUAAAAAUUAAUCUGUAACCUCUAAAGGUACAUGUACUUAUAUAUUUCAACUGUUUGUAACAAAUGUUGUAUUGAAAUUGCAAGAGUUAGCCCCCUUUGUUGGUGGGGUUUUGUACCUUAAUUGCCAGCGUUUGCCAUCUGGUUAACUUUGAUGGCAGUUGGCAUCGUUAAAUCCAGUGCAUGAAGUGCUAUUUUACAAUGUGUAGUUUGUUGAUCUGAAUUAUGUAUAAAUGUAUAUUACAUUUUUAUGCAAAAUUAAAUGAAUUGACGUAAGAUUUCAA